CUGAACCUAAGGAAACGUCACUGUCCUGCGGCCUGGAGCUAUCACAGCCUUUUGACAAACUUCCAAAAAAGACCACCGCGUGACAAUAGAUCAAACAACCGAUCAUAUUAGUACAAAUACAAACAAAGUCGCCUCUAAACUUCUGGAAACUCAGAUUCCGUUUAGUUCGAGGAGCACGACUCAACCAUCAUGUCGACUCAAUACGAAGUCGAGCACAACAUCAAGCCGAACGAGGCGCCCCGGCGCCGGCGGCAGCCCGACAUGUCCACCUUCACCGCACACAUGCACCAGAUCAGGCCCGACGAAGGCGCGACAAGCUCUCACAACAACCCGCAUGCAAUGCCGACCCCCAACGACCUCUCCACCAGCUUCCGCCUCGUGCAGGAUCAGCUUGGCACGCUAGCCUCCUCGGCGCCGAGCUCCGACAACCUAGACUUCCUGCGCGGGCUGAUGGAGCUGCUCGACGUGGACAUUGCGAACCCGCCUUACGAGGAGGAGGGCGUCACGCAGCAGUUCCUAGAUGGCCUCGACAGAGUCCCGAGGAAGCAGCUCAAAAAGACGGAUUCGUGCGCCAUCUGUGCCGAGCCACACCUUGAUGAUCCUUACUGCCUUGUCGUUGAGCUGCCUUGCCAUGCCUCGCAUAGAUUCGACCUGGAGUGCGUGUCGCCAUGGUUGCUGACCAAAGGAACGUGCCCGAUGUGCAGGAAGAAUCUGACCAAAAAGAAGGCACCGGAACCGAAGGAUGAGGAAGAAGGAGAGGAUUAUGAUGACUUCUAUGGCUAGUCGUCAGGUCGAAUAUCCUUUUGACCCAUUUGGCGCUGGUUUUUCAACUAUGACAUACCCACUUAUUACUCUCCUGCAAGACCAGUUGCUGUUUGACACAAGUUAUACAUACAAUCACCUGCUUUUAAUGCAGGUAUAUGCUAGGUCUAUGAUAUGCCGCCGUGCCCGACCGACGUGCGCUCCAGGUAUGGCCCAUGGCUGCUCAUGCCUCAUUUAAAAUUUGAAGAUUCCCUGUGUUGGCAAGCCCCAGAAUCACUUGCGGCCUCCUCCUCCGCUAGCCUUUUGUUUCUGCUGGCCAGAUGUAUUGUUCUCCUGCGGCUUGGUUGCUGAGAUGUCCUUGUUUGCUGGGCUGGCAUCAAGAGACUCUCCCCCGGCCUUCUUCUCGGUUUCGGGGCGUGUUUUGUUCGGGUUGAAGGCGGCAUCCGUCUUGGCCGCCUCAUUGUCCCCGCCCUCGCUCUUGGAAUACUCCUGUGCGCGCGGCUUCAGGGACUCGCGGUCUUGAUCGUCCUUGUACGGCAUGCGUGCGAUGCCCGCGCCGUGAAACUGGCGCGUCGAGCUGCGGAUGACAUUGGCGGCACCCUUAGUAACGAGGCGGACUGGUGCUUGUCGAAAAGCUGACAUUGUGGCCGAGUUGAUUGAUUUUGGAGCAAGAUUGGAUGAUUGAUCAAGGUAAAAGAGAUCUGGGCCUCAUAUAAGCUCAGUAUUUCCGUCUGUAUUGUGUAGGAUUUGGUGCUUUAGGAUGAUUGUGUACUGUCUGCUGUGCUUGGAGAAGCAUCGCAAGCCCAGACCUUUUGGAUAGGCAACUGACGUCAUGAUUACUGCUCUGCAACGCGCAAAUACGUAGUCUAUUUGUUAAUGAUCCG